AUGGCUGAAGGUUCAGAGUUGUCAUUUUUUGAUCUCCACAUUGUUCACGAUAAUUUUGAUCGUGCUCUUGUUGAAGAUUAUGACGUCAACAUCAAAGCUUACCUGGAUGCUUAUAAUGAACUCUAUAAAGUGCUGGUUGAACAAAUGAGGGCUGAGAUGAGGGUUGAGCCUGUGGGAGUUGUGCAUGUCGACGAUGAUACUCCUCCUUAA